AUGAUCGUGGUCAGAAUCACUGUCACAAAUCGACAUAGCUCAUUAUCCGGCAAGAAAUAUGCAGAUCUCGAAAUCGACUACAGCAAGAUGAAUAAUGCCGAAGAAUUGGCGGGAAAGCAUAAAAGUCACCUUUCAAGUCGGGACACCGGCUAUACAACAAUCCAGUCGCCAAAGUCAAUUCUCAUUGUGAGGCUACCGAUUACCGAGUUCGAGAUGAGGAAACAUGGGGAGGACGUAAGCUAUUAUCUUGUGACGCACGAAUCAGGUGCUCGUGUGAUCCAAGCAAUCGGCCUGCCCGGCGUCAAGGAAACAGACAGCCCCCCCAAAGGACACCCAAAAGAGAGGGGAAUCUGGAUCCCUCGCGAGUUUCAUAGCGACAAGUGGUACAAGGAGAUGGGUCAGGGAACACAGUCAACCCCGAAAAGAAAGCAAGAACCACCGAGAGCUCGGGAGAAGAAUAGACAUGAAGAGCGGCCAAAGGAUGCUAGAAAGAUCAAAGGCGCCAAGAAAUGA